CUGUCGUUAUCAGUGUUGCCAACUAACAGAAAGGUUGCACAGUGUCAUAUCUUUCACAAAAUAUGAAAAAAUGGAUUGAAAUUAAAACAUAUGUACAUAAGCUAAUUAUAUGUUUGGAUUAAGUAAAAAUCAUAAAUGAUAUUUUGAAUAAUGAAUGUUUUAUUAAAUUAUGCGUAAUUUAACUAAUUUUAUAUUUAUUAUGUUUAAAAUUAAUAUUCGAAUUAUAAUUUCAAAUGUUUUAAGUUGUCAUUAACAAUUGAUUUUGGAGGUUUCUACAUGCAAUACUGCAUGAAUGAAAAUAAAUAGGCUACUAUUAGUGUCUUCAAAAUAGAGGUUAUAUUGACGCUGCUAAUAUUUACAAUAACUUUUCAUUAUAAAUAUUGUGAACUAAUAUGUGUUAUCUUAUAUCAGUAUUUCAAUGCAAACAAGUGAUCAAUUUGAUAUAAACUAUGAAAAUCAGCUCGGUAUGAACAAUUUUCAUCAUUGAUAAUACAUGUGUCAACAAAAAAAUUAUUUCAUAUGAUAAUGAUACAUUUAAUAAUACACUUUACAUAUAGAAAAUAUAAUAUAAUAAAUUAAAUCUUAUUAGUAAUUUGUGCAAUAGUAUUAACUAAUUUGAAAGGCUUGAAUUAUAUAUACCAUUAUAAUCAUAAAUAUAAAAUAAAAUAAUUUAUAAACAUGUUUAGCACUUUGCGUAACAAGUUUCAAACAGUUCAAGAGGGUAUAUCUGCUAGUAUUAGAGGAUUAACUGUUGUUGAAAAUCCAAAACAAAAAAAGACUGGCAACAUCAGAAAUGUUAAUUACAAUGCAGGAGCUGAUAUCUUACAUAGAUUUCAAUUACAAUGGAAUGAACUACAUGAGCUAGCAGAAGAAAAUGCGGGUAAAGCUCAAGAAGCUGAUAAACUCAUUGGAACUAUUUAUGAAAAACUCGAACAAGAAUGGAAAAACAUUACGUGUCUAAAUAGUACUUUAGCUUACAUUCCAAAAAUCAACAAUGCAAUACAGGAUCUUAUGGAUCAAAUAGGAACAUUACAAGAAAUGUUUGAGGAGGUAGAAGGUGCUAUAUAUCAAUUAGAAAAUUUAAAUGAAAUGUUAGAUUUGCAAAGUAGACAAUUGGAUCAUAGAUUUCAAUUAGCCUUAUAUAAGGAGAAAAAACUUGCAGAAUUAAAUGUUAUUAAAGCAAAAUUGGCUGAUGAACAUAUUGAGAGAGUAUCAAAAUAUGAACUUAAACAGCAGAAAAUGAUGAAAGAAAGACGAGAAACAUUUGAUGAAGCUUUUAAAGAAGAGCUUAGGGAAUACAAAGCAACAGGAUCCAUAUCAAUUUAUUUUUAUUUUAGAAUUGCCAGUGACACAACAAGGGCCUUCAUUGGAUGAGAUAGUUUUGGAUGUAGAUCCAACAAUAUUUAAUGAAUUUUUAAAAAACUAACCCUUUUACUUUAUUAAGAAAAUAAUUCUGUUAAAAUCUAUUUAA